AUGGAGCAUUGGAAGAAAGCAAAGGACAAGAAGGGACCGAAGAUGGCCAGGAUUGAUGACGCAUUUGGGCACCUUGUUGUGAUGAGGGAAAUGGCUCUUCGUCCAGCAAAACCAGACCCAAACAGACCAAAGAUUGACGAGUCAGAACUUGGUUGUGCAACAAUAUGGAUUUAUGUUCACAGUGCAGUCGUUAUCCGAAACCGUGGCGACUUUGAAUUAGAAAAUAGAUCGGGAGGUAGAUCUUUAGUAAGCAAACAGAAGAUUAGCGGAAAAACCGGAGUUUUAAAGGACAACAAAUCACUUGCAUGGAGAAAUGCUAACAAUGUCUUUGGAAUGGAUGCAAGGAAAAUAAUGCUUUGUAAGGGAUGUUUAAAUUGGUGGCCAAAAACUUCUCUACUCUGCGAUAAAGCACCCGAAAAUGAAUGA